AUUUGAAUAAUGGCAAAAUUUCAUAAUUAUUAUGUGUUAUGUCCACUGAUAGACCAAAAUAGUUUUCUUGGUGUCUCAAAGGAUAAAGAUUCAAGCAAUGUAAUUGUCACGCUCGGAAAAAAUGUUGUAAAUAAAUACCGGCUCUCAGAUCAAAAGCAAGUCGGCGGAUGGACUUCCAAGGAUCAUAUAACGGCAGCAGUUAUUUACGACAAAGAACAAGAUUCCUAUGUUGGAGUGUUUAAUAACAACACAAUCAAAAAUUGGAAUGAAGAUUCAGAAAAUCUUGAUAAAAUAAAAAAGCACAAGUUUCCGCUGAAUAUUUUGAAAUUAAUAACAAGACGAAAUCAAGCUCCACUUAUUAUAUUCUCCAAUGGGAACUGUGCAUCAUUACCAUACGCCAUUGAAAAUAGGAAGACUUACGAAGGGAAGUCUAUAUUGAAAGAGGGUGAAGAAAUUGUAGAUAUUGCUUCCUGGUCUGAAAAAAAAACUGAUUUCAUAUGUUAUGUGACAAAGUACAAAAAAGAUGAUGAAGAUAAAUAUGGAAUUAUUAACUGUCAGCUUCGAGAUGAACUUGGUGAUAUAGACAAGUUUAAACUGAGUAAAAUCAAGGUGACAAGACCUGAUAAUGUUUACGUUGUAGGGGAACUGAUAGUAGUAACAGCUGUAAAACAUGUUAUAUAUUUUUUAUGGAGUGAUUCAAAAAUGACUAUGUACGACAUUCAAACAAAACAGUGGGAUUCUGUUGGAACAGUGCCUUGGAUUUGCACUCUCAAGAAAGUUUCACUUGCAUUCAUGGGAGAAGAUCACCUUAUAAUAUUUGGUAACAAUUCGAACAAAGAUGGUGCUGUAAUUCUAGUAUAUAAUGUACUUCUUGGCAUUGUAUCAUACCGGUAUCCCAUGAAAAUGUACUCAGAUGAUGCAAAAUUAUAUUGUAUAAAGAAACGGAUAAUAUUAGAAGCUACCAAUCACAUUGGCACGCUACCUUACGUAUUAGAAACAAAAAGAAAUCUAUCCAGUCUUUUGGGAUCCCAUGAAAUUGGACAAAAUGAAUACACAACAGUUGCAGAUUGGGAUGCGGCUGAAGAACCCAAAUUUGGAGCUACCAAUGAAAUAAAGGAGCUGUUGAAACAUGGAUUUACAGAAAGAAGAAUCUGUUCACAAUUAAUAACACCACUUGUAGAACAAAAAUCAGUCGGUAAAAUAAAACAUCUCUUGACUCAUUUCAAAGAUAUACCUGAAUCAAUACUAUCAGUUCUUCUAAAGCAUGCUGUUAAAAUAUUUAAUGUAAAUGAGUUUGAUAUAACUGACAGGGAAAAGAGUGUAGCGCUUUUUAAUGAUAUGGUAUAUAACGAAAAAAAUAUGGGAAGUGGACUUCUGAAUUAUGUUUUAGGGAUCUCCUUUAGUGAUGCAUUAUUAAUACCACAUUUGAGAGAGAUGCUAACAUUGAACGACACACUCUUUGUUAUAAGUUAUAUCUCAUAUUUACUAAGUCAUCCCAUUAUUCCAAUGAGCGUGGAAAGGGAGGAUAGGCUUUGUGAUUGGUGUAUUAUGUUAAUGGAUGCAUUCUAUCAACAAUUUCUAAUGACAAAAGAUGAAAGAGUCACUCAAGUGUUACAAAAUACAUUGAAUACUGUAUUGGAACUGACGAACCAAUUGAUCAAAAUAGAUAAGUUUCUACCUGUUUUAAACAAACUCUUAAAUAGUAACUCUACUGAUGAUGUGAAGGAAAAAUUGCCGUAUAGUAUAGAAAUGAUGGAAAUAUAAUGUGAA